AAUUGAAACCGGGGACGAGCCAGCAGCAUGCAACGGGAGACGGACUUUGGUCCUUGCCAACCACCAGAGCACAGCCGACGUACCCAUGUUAAUGGCCGCCUGGAAUCCAAGACCUGGAAUACUGCCCAACCUCAUGUGGAUCAUGGAUAGAGUCUUCAAGUUCACCAACUUCGGCAUCGUCAGCGUGUUACAUGAAGAUUUCUUCAUACAAGCGGGCAAAUCGAAAAGAGAGCAGUCACUCGAGGACUUAAGGCAGCACAUCCAUAAAUGGUACAUACCUCUUGCAAGGCAGUUCAUAGUACUAUUCCCAGAGGGAGGAUUUCUGCACAAGAGGAGGGAAGUCAGCCAGAGAUUCGCAGAAAAGAAUAAUUUACCGAAAUUAGAAUAUGUUUCACUACCUCGUGCCGGUGCUAUGAAGGUCAUCAUGGAAGAAGUGGGACCUCACAGGGACCAGGGAGCUAGCACUUCGAAAGAAAACUCUAAAAAAGAUAAUAACUUUAACCAGAGUAACGCUAAGUUGAUCGUGGAGUCCAACGUUGGUGAGAGCAUCGAAUGGGUUCUAGAUGUGACCAUCGCCUACCCAGACCGGAUUCCCUUGCAUCUACAGGACGUUGUCUGCGGGAUCAGACCUCCGUGUGCCACACACCUGCAUUACAGGCUGUACCCUAGUACCGAGGUACCAGCAGACACGGAAGGCAUGACCCAAUGGCUGUACGACAGGUUUGUAGAAAAAGACCAGAUGCUAGAAGAAUUUUACCGCACAGGCAGGUUCCCUACCAAAGGCAGCGGCCCCCACCUCACUAGGGUAGUAAGACAAGAUAACCUCAAAUACCUGAUUCUACACAUUUUCUUUAUAGCCUCAACUUAUUUACAAUUUAUGGUGGCUCGCGCCAUCUACAGUUACUUUUGGUAACACCAUAUUUACCAGGCCAGACAUGAUAUUCUUGUGACCCUUGUCUAUAACUUUUGUAUUGAAAUAGUUUUUGAUAAUUGGACGUGUAUUAGCUAUGACUUGAAGGCAUACAGGGAUUUUAAGUUUCGUUUAGUUUUUACUAAAUUCGUCGAAUUUAUUUUGUUUUUACAUGUUUUGGUAGUCUUGUCAAUUUUAUUCACAAGGUCAAACAUUUCGGUACACGGUUUUAGUCUUUUGACGUUCCAUCUGACCUAGGUUUGAUUUUUGUAUUACUGAUUUGAUUUGAAAUCUUGAGACCAUUAGAAAUUGAUUACAGAUAUUUAGCAUCAAAGUCGCCUGCAGACUAAUUUUGUGAUUUAAUAUGUAUGAAUAUAGUCCAAAUUUAUUUUAAACAAACUUCAAAGUAACUUCAGUUAAUCUUCUUAGUAUACAACUGAAAUAGCAAAAAAUUCUGUUUUGUUUUAAAACCAGUAUUUCUUUCCAAUAUAUAAAUUAAAUUUCUGUUAUCAGGAACUUAAUAAACAAAGCAUAAAACAAUUAUAUUCUCUAGUUAGAUUUAUCUAAAAAUAUCAGUCUUAGGUACCAGUACAGAUGCCAGCAUAUCAAGAUUACUUCAAUCGAUUCUCGAUUGUAUUUUAAAGCAUUAUAGUUGAAAAUGUAUUUACAAUCUUGAUAAGUUAGCAUCUGUACCUUUACAGAAUAAUCAUGUCUGGUCUUAAAUGAUGAUGGAGCGAUACCUAAAGGCGUUGGAUAUUGACUGCUGAACACAUAGAUAAACAUUCUGUACUGGAAAUAAUAAUUUUUAUUAUUCAGGACAGAGCGAGACAGUGUUAUGUAACAUUAAUAGGUUAAAAAGAGAAGCUACAUACAUAGGUAUUAUUAUUACAAUAUUGUAAUUUUUUACAAAUAUUAGAAAAGUUACAUUAUUAUUAUUAUGAUACAGCACAAUCAUUUACUUAAAAAGGUCGAUCGGUUUUUGUUUUAUACAAUAAAUUCCCUUUGAUCUAGUCAUUAUCAUUGCAAUCUGUUGUUUGAUGGUACUUUGUUUAUUUUUAAGACCAAUUUGUGAAAUUUUAAUGCUGCAUUUACACUCUCGCGAACCGAGACGUAGUCGAGGUACAUUGUCGUUAUUCUAAAAGAGUAGUCCUUCUCGUAUUAUAAGACUGCAAUGUAUCUCGACAUUGUGUCUGCUCGCGCGAGUGUUAAUGUAGCAUUAUAGCAUGCCCUAAGAACUAGUCUAGUGUACUUAUACUAAACGUAUGAGCUGUUAGGAUGAAUGUAAACAUAGUUUUAGUGGAACUAUUCCGUAACCGUAUCGGUUCACUUGUACCAACGAUAGUCGUAGGAGCAAAUAACAAUUAUUUUCAAACAACAGUAUUUUCACAGUCAAUAUCCAAUUAGUCAGCCCUUAUUUCACAAGGCGGAAGUACAUUUUUUAGUUUUAAUUUACUUAUACUUUAGAAUUUACUAAGUUUUUUUUUGUUAGUUUUAACUUGUGCGAUUGAGGUUACCUCGAGUUUGACAUAUCGGGUCAGAGCUCGAUAAUUUCGUGCCCUGGGCACACUUAAUUAAGACCAAGCACUUUCUUUUAGUGAGACAUACGCUCAAUAAUUUAAAUUAAUUGGAAAAUAAUAAUCCGAAUACGGAAAACUCAAUUUCCAAUCGAUUUAAAUGUAUCGUAUGUGACACAAGUAUGUGUUAAUCAAAGCGUGCUGUGACAUACAAGUCAAUAUAUAAGUAAAAAAUAAAUUAGCAUAGUAAUUGUGCUUCGCAAUGAACCAAAUUUAAAUCCCUUGUGACAAUAAAAAAGAAAAAUAGACGAGUUUUUAUCUCUCACUUUUAUCACGUUUCACGUCCUACUUAAUCAGAUACUCUCGCUUCAAAGUUUGAAUUUAAAAAAAAAUCUAAUUUUAUACGAAGAAUUCUCGAGUCAAUUCGUGGCGAGAAUUCAAAAUAAAUUUGAAAUAGCGAACGACGACCGUUCGUGGUUGGCGUUUGUAAAAAAUAUAUAAAAAAAUCCGGAUCGAAAUUUUAUAAAAUUAUUUACGAACUUUCCGUCAAACGUAAAUACGACUAUGGAAAUCAGUGUGACUUUUCUUUCCGGAAUUUUUUUAUAUUUAUUUUGUAGUUUGAUCUUGGGUUUGAACGUAUUUUUCAAACGUUGAAGAUCGAACAGCGUGCCAGGAAACUUUGUCAAUGUCUAAAUUAGAUAUAAGUCGGUGUAGUAUGAUAACAAUAGCUUAUAAGAAUCACGUUUUUGUUCUAACUAAAAAUGUGGGCAUCGUUCCUUUUAGUUAAUAGCUAUUGUACAGGUUUAUCCAACAUGUUACUAUACCUAAGUAAAGAUACGUGUUUUGUGGUAAAAUUAUAUAAAUUUAAUGAAUAUGCCAAAACAUAUUUGCCGUAAGUGCCUAGGCUUAUAUUGGUGUAGUUAUCAUUGUAUAAAAAGAUAUAAAAAUGUACAUAACUUUCUUAUAUGUCACACAAAUGUAAUGUUUGUAGUCUCAAUAGAAAUUUUCAAUUCGGAAAGAUUAUUUUGGGUUAUAAGUGAAAGAAGCUGGAUGAGCUUAUGCGAAAGGUAACCGAUUCUAAAUUUUCCUAUAGUAUUUUUAAAUAAAUAAUAGCACGCUACACGCAAUCGACGAAGCCAAUAUUUUUAUCCCGAUAUUAAAAUAGAUUAUAGAUAGACACGAAUUGAUCAUAUCCAACCAAGUUCCUUUAUUGUCAUGUCCAAAUAUGUGCCUUUUCAAGUAACCAAUUUAUGUUUAAACAGGUUUUUCUUUAAAAAUAUGUAUGACUAACAAAUUUUAGAUAUUUAAGUUAAAGAUUUUGAAAAUACUAACCCAGAAUAAGUAUCAUUGUGACCAUAUCAAAAUGUGAUUAUUUUAUUUUUAGAAUGAAUGAAAAUAAUAAUUUUGAUUGCAAUCUUAAUUAUUGAGAUUUCAAUUUCAUUGUUUAGCAACUAAACAGCAUAAUAUUCUACUAUUAUACACAAAUGAGACACGGAACGCACUUCACAUUUUUUUCAUAUGUACACGAACACUUUUAUAAUUAUAAAUAAUAGAUAAUUAGCUACAUUUUUAUUUGAGACCGAGUAAAUAAUGUAAUUUUUAAUAUAAUAAAAAGGGCUACGAAUAAAACGCACUAUUAAAAAACCGUGAGCUUUAUUAAAUUGCUCGCUAUUCUAUAAACAUAUCCAUGCAUCUAUUAAUAGCAGUCGUUAAACGCAUUUCUUCGAAGUAUUAUGUUUUGUAAUCUUACGUAUUUCUUGCAUUUAGCAUUUUUUUUAAUAAGCAAUAUGACCUUCAGAAAUGUAUUUUAAAAGCCCUAAAAAUAAAUGCUAUUUUCGGUUGUAGUAAACGAUGGUUUAUGUGUUAUAAAUUGUAGACAACAUGAUAUUUUUGAGUUAGAUUGGAGUAAUGGACAAGCUACAGUGACUGUUGUAGAAUGCACACACUGACACAUGAAGCUACCAUAUUCUGACAUAUUUAUGAUCGAUUUAUUUUAAGGAAUUUCUAGGAGUCUUUUGCAUGCUAUAAAAUCGAAAUUCUUUCAAAGAACAUUAUCAGAAUUCCUUCAUGUGCUAGUGUAAGUUCAGCAGCUGUAGCCAAAUGCCACUUAGCGCUUGUCUACAUGUAGAAUAGAUAACCAAAUUAUAAGGGAUGGACGUAAAUUUUGACACUAGUCAUCGUCAUCCCCAUACGUUUAGUUUUCUACUCUCUCUGUAGACAAGAGCUAAAGUGGCUUUUGGCUUAAGGCUCAGGCUGUCACCGGUUUGACCAGCCAAAUAUAUCAACACCAUUCUUGUAACGCUGGCUGUUCAUUAGAAUCAUAUUAAACUUGGCUGUUAUACAUAAUAUUCAAGUAUUUUCUUCAUGUAUCUAUGUAAAACUGAUGUAUGAAGACUAGUCGUAUAUCAACAUUUCUAUUAUAAUGUUUUAUAACUGCGACGAAUUUUUCUGACAUUUCGUAAAACGUAACAUACAAAUCUGUAGUUAAAAAAUGUUUUACUUGUACAUCGCAAGUUUUCUGUUUUAAAUAUAAUUGUAAUUUUAGUUUUAUUAGUAGAUAGGUAGUUUUCAUAUUAUAAAUUUAGUCACAUUGGGAUUUUUGUGGCUUAUCCUAUGUAUGAAGCUUGUAUUACGUGAAAUUAACAUCACUGCACUAACAUUGUUUUAAAUUAAUGUAUCCUAUGGGAAUUCCUAUGCGUAUCGACAUGGAUACGAUAAGACUAAGUAAUUAAAAGAUGCUUUUAACCCCUUCCAAAGUACUUUAAUGUGGUUGGUUAACCCUGUAUAAUGAACUAAGAUCUAUUUUUAACAAUAUCACAUUUUGUAAAAAAACUAUUUUUUUUUUGUAACAAUAAUUUAUCUUUUCAAGUGGUGUAAAAAUACAAUAAUGGGUUUUAAAAAACAUGGGAAUUCCCAACAUAGGAAUGAUAACAAAGAUGUGUAAUUAAUGUUUCCCAAAGCGAGAUUCGAGUGAUCAUUACCAAUGUAAGAUUUUUUCGUUAAAAAUAAAAAUUUUUUGCCAAUCUUUUUUAGGCUAAGCGCAUUCGAAAUUAUUUUUGAAUUCCAAAAUUAAGGUGUUGUUUAGUAUACGUAGUUUGGGAUCCUUGGGUAAAUGUGAUUAUUUCUAGAUUAAAAUUUGUUGUUUUUUUUUCUUUUUAACGAGUUAAGUUUGUUUUUAGAUAAGGUAAAUAGGUAGUAGGCGAAUAACAAAAUUUUUGUGAUGCUUUUUGUGUUAAUUUUACUCUUAGUUUUCACUUACUUCUGUGAAACUUUUUUUGUUUUUACUUAAAAUAUGUGUUUUUUUUUUUCGUUCUUAAAAGGGUAUUUUGUGGUUAGAAUGGCAUCGGUCCUUAAUUGAGUGAGAUAGGAUUUAUGCUAAACAAAGUGUCCUAUAUCAAUAAGAACAGGAAUUUUAGUUUUUGACGUACAAAAGAAAACAGCAGUUUUUUUGUGAAAUUAAACUGUACAUUUAGGUGGAUAUACACAGGUGAUUCAAUUAAUUUCGUGAAAAAAUUUCCGGUGGAAAAUUUUUUGUUGUUAGACUUCUCUGAUUUCCAUAGUCGUAUUUUAACACGAAUAUUUUCCGAAGUCGUAUUUUUCCGCCGGAAAUUUUUACUUUUGUGUUUUUUUUAAUUAAUUGUGGAAAGCGAAUCAGUGUGAGAAAUACUAAUUGUACCGAAUUAUAUCUAUCUAUUGGUCUUAAACUAUGAGAUUUGUACAAAUGUCAUUAAAACUAAUUACAGUUACCUACUGUGAAAUUAUAUCGAGACAUUUCUAUCAGGUAUAGAAUAUUUUAUUAUUUACUGCUAAUGCAAUUCGGUAUAAAAAAGUUUGUGAAGAUGUUGCCAUAAUUCUUUAUUAAUGAAGUUCAACCAAAAAUUGAGUAAUUAUAACUAUUUUUGUAAAAUAUAAAUGUCUUAAGUCUUUAAUGACAUUUAAAAAUGUUCUUUAAUUGCAUGUAAUAAGACAUAAUUUAGUAGUAAUCUCGAUAUAACCAGUAGGUAGCUGAGAGAGCAGAAUGCUUAGCUCGCUGUAUAUAAUAUACUUACGGACAAUGAUCCACGGUUUGUCAGUAAACACGUUUGUGGCACUCCA